GUAGCUAACAAUAGACGUUAUCUACGCGCCAAUCACAUCAUUUGCUAUCACCUGGCCAGUCAAGGAGUGCUUACUAAGGAAUCAGCACUGCGUCCUCGCCCUCAUGCUCGCCAACGUUUGAAAGUUGAAAUCGACGCAUACUUUCACUAUAAUCUCGCAUACAGUCGCUCGCUACACGCAUAAUGACCGAUGUGUCGGAUUACGGCGGAUCUGUGGCUAUCGACGAUCCCAGCGGAUCUGGGGAAACCUCCCCGGACGAGUUGAAAGCGGUCGCCAGAGAGAACGUGUCGAGGAUUGAACGUAACCGCAGGCGCGCUGAGAGGCGUGCUGAUGUCGACGACUUAGCAGUCGUGUCUGACGACGAGCCGCUUAUCGAGAUACUCUCUCGAUCUAAUUCUCCAGCUCCUUCUCCCCCAAAGACUCCAUCUUUGGCCACGCACCCGGCCUUGCAAAACUUUGAUGUGAUAUGCACGAUUUGCUCAUAUGCACACUAUGGAUCUCUUCCUGCCCUUGCAUCCACAUGCCGCGUCUUUGAGCGCCCAGCACUUGAUGUCCUUUGGAGAAAUCUGCAGUCCGUGGAGCCUCUUGUCAAAUGUCUACCAGAUGACCUGUUUGGCGUUGGAUAUAUGGCAUUACUGAAACCUCUUGACGCCAAGAUGUGGGAUAUUCUCCGCAAAUAUACGUCCCGCGUGUACUCCAUCACACACUCAGGCCGUUCGACGGUUAUAGAGCCCCUCGGUUUGCUAAUGUUGUCUUGUCCUUCGGCACCUGCGUCCUUAUUUCCGAACCUUCGCGAAUUAACAUGGCAUGCUGAUGGAACACACUGCGCUGCAGAGUUCUUGCGCAUGGCUUUCGUACCAACCCUGGUGUUCUUGGAUGUGCAGAUUUCUUCAGCUUCCUCUAUUUUUCUCUCAGUCCUUUCGUCUCUUGGGACCUUGUGUCCUCACCUCCGGAGAAUGACUGUACAAUCUCCAUCUCCAUCUGCAACCAACGACUUGCUUCUUAAAAAUUCACCUUUUAUUGCGCAAUCUAUUUCCCAGCUUCAUCAUCUACAGGAAUUGUCUGUAUGGGACCUAGGAAACCAAGGCAUCGAGCACCUUAUGCAGCUGCGAACUCUGCAGAUACUGUGCUUGGACUUAAAAGUAUCAUCAGCUUGGGACAGACGGUCGCAUUUGCAGCUCCCGGGCUUUCAUGAUUUGAAUUGUUUGACCCUUUCCAUCGAUAAUCUCGACCAUGCCUCGGACUUUGUGAGUUCGCUUCAGGUCGUCAGAAGCAGAAGCAUCACGAUCUGUUUCACUGUUGCUCAUCUUUCACGUGCAUCUACGACGAUGUCCCAGUUCUUCGCUAUCCUCAAGGAGACAUGCGACCGGGACAAUCUUGAGUCCUUAACCCUCCUCGAAUCUUCGAGAUCGAAAGGUCACGCAGCAUCGAGUGUCCUCACGCCAUUGCAUGCAUUCCGUAACUUAACUCAGCUGCUCAUUGAGAACGGCUGUACUAUGUCCAUGGAUGAUGAGCAGCUCCGCCAGCUGGCGAGAGUCUGGCCUAAGCUCGAAGUGCUCGCCAUCAGCCGCUUUGUCGUCAUCGAUAAUAUCAUAAUACCUACAUUCCGCGGGCUAAUCGGUUUAGUUCAGCUCUGCCCCGGUCUAACUUCGCUUACUCUUGUCAUCGAUACUACCGGGCUGCCAGACAUUGGCAUGGCAUACAUAUCCCCCGGCGGUGGAAUAUGCAACAAGCAUCUCAAAAACCUCGUUCUCAGCAAUUCACCCAUCGAAUCCCCGAUGCGCGUAGCUCUAGUCCUCAGCGGCCUCUUCCCCAACUUGAUGCGGGUUGAUCUUGAUUGUUGGGAUUCGGCCCCAACAAUUAAAUCAGCACUCAAGCAGUCAUUGAUGAAACAAUGGGAAGAUGUCAACCUCAAUCUUGUCGGCUUCGUCAUCGUAAGGGCGCGAGAUAAAGAAGCGCCGUCGGGAGCAAGGGCCAGCGGCCUAAGCCCAGGGCAAUGCCAAACGCUAGAAAUGAUGAUGGGAACCCCUACUUAG